AUGGAUGGGAAGUCUAAAGGCGACAAUCUACAUGUCGUGUGUUUCAAUUGUGGGCAAAUUGGGCAUCUUCAUUCUUCUUGCAAUAGGCCGAAAGUUUGCUUUAUCUGUUAUAGUUCUAAGCAUGUGGUGGAUCUCUGCCCUGAAUGGAAAAAGCCAGCAAAAUCUGCACAGUAUUUUGGCAGCGCCAACAAGGGUUUAGGUUUUUAUUACAUUGAUGUGGAAGAUUCAGAAGAUAGGUUCAAGCACUGGGUUAGGCUAGAUAAUUUUGGUGUGAUUACUAUUGAGAAAGGUGAGAUUGAUGAGGAAGAUAGAAAGGUUGAGAACUUGGUGAUUGGCGAGGCUUCAGUUUUUUACCUAAACAGACCUAGUGUUGUUGGCUCUCUUAGUGUGUGGAAUGGGGAGAUUGAACCAACAGGAAGUCUGACUGAGGUUUGGGUCCUGAUCCAAGGAAUACCACCAAAAUGGGUAGACUGGAAAACCAUGAGUGAAGUGGCUUUAGGCCUGGGAAGGUUGAUAGAAGUGGAUUGGCAAGCUCUGUUCAACAGCUUUUUCAGCACAGUGAGGGCGAAGGUCCUGUGUAAAGACCCCACAAAGAUCCCAAAGGAGAGGCUAUUUGUCUUCAAAGACAAGAUACAUCUGAUCAUGUUCACACUUGAGGGCUAUGAGCAAGUUGAUAACAAUACUGAUGGUGGAUCUAAUAAAGGGGGAGGUGCUGAGAAGAAGGGAGAAGAGCAUUUAGAGGAUGAUAUUCCACACCCUGAAAAUGGGGAUGAUAAUGGUCCUAGUGAUGAUGACAAGGAUAAGGAGCAAACCCAAUUUGCUACAAAGUCUCAGGGGAGCAAGAGUGCUCCUGUGGGGAGCAGGAAUGUGAAAAGGGCUCUAUAG